AUGCUUCCAGGCCCGCGCGAUUCUCUUNUGCUACCUCCGGAGUCGUCGCAGCCACGAAACGCAACUUCAUUGCAGCUUCCUUCAUUAUCUCAACAACAUCCUGUAGCACAAGAUGGAGCCAUCUCCCAACUUCAAUCUUCACUACAAUCUCAGCUUCACGUCCACAGCCAGAUACUUGAGGAACAGAGACAAGAAAUCGAAAACCAACGGCACCAGAUUGCGCGUAUGGACAGCACGAUAGAAGCUCUGCGUCACGAACAGAGGAAUAUUUAUGCCGUGGUAGACGAAGUCAGACAUGAAUUGCGAGCACGGGGCCCUGCACCAGAACACCAUCAUCCUGACAAUAUCGAGCUAGACAUCUUGACUCAAGAAGUACAAAACAUAUCAGCCAAGGCAAGCGAGAUUACCGGCCUCAAGAUGCAGCUGGAUAUUCUUCGGAGUCAAGUAAGACGUCUGGAACAAGUAAGACACGACUCUCCUGGAGCAAAUGGUGCGCCUCCCUCGGAACCAUUGGGCCACGAACAUGUGAGCCAUGCGGCACCUGCGAUACCCGGAUUUGCAACGAAUACGCCAUCGGCACAAGAACCAAGACCGCUCCUUUACCAGACGCCUAUCGAAAAUCGACUUCCUGCUCCGAUCGCCGCCAACCCCGAGCUGCCAGAUCCUCGUGUUCAAUCAGAGUCGCGCACACUUCCCGGCAUCCGCUCUAUUGAUCCAAACACUCCACUCUCUUCAUGGCGCCCUGCCGGCGCAAUUGCUCCUCCACCGUCGAUGCCCUUGGUUGGAUCAUCGCCACAGAUCGAGGCACCAGCACCUGGAAGUGGAUGGGCAGCCGUCAACGCAAACACUGCGCCUAAGCGUUUAAUCUCGGAGCCGUCCUUUGAGUCUACGACACCUGGAUCGCCCAAGAGACAGCGUUUAGCUCCUCUUAUGCCUCGGACUUAUGACCAGCAGAGCCCUGCGCAAGGCUCGUCACCUUAUCAUUCAGUCUCUGGUGAUUCCUUGCCAACGGUUCCUACCUUGCAAUCGACCCAGAAUCCAUCUACUGAAUCUACUGGAAGCGUGCCUCCUCAGCCUAACCCUCUGCGUUUCGUACAGUUUGCAGCGGGAUUGGAAUCUGCACCAGAAGAGUCAUGGCGCCAAGGACAGGGAUCAGCGAUGGACAGGACUAGAGGUAGCCCAAGAAGAGGAAGAGGAGGUAGGGGCCGCGGUGGACGUAAAAGUGGAGGCGCAGAGGGAGAUCGCGCUACACCAGAAUGGGAGGCACGCUCCGACAAUGUUCAAAUUUUGAAUCCCUCUGAAGGACAUGGAGGACCGGUUCAAGCUCCUGAACAGUCCGGCGAGACAACAGCUGGCAUGUACCCUGACCCGCAUUUCAUGCCCAUCACCACGACCGCUGAUGUGGCUUCCUCGAACCAUCCGACCAAGAAAACCCGUACUAAGCCUGUACGCAACGCAGAUGGUGUUCUGAUUCGCAAAGACGGAAGACCGGACAUGCGUAGUGUAAGCAGUGCCAUGAACCUUAAGAAGGUGCAUGCGAAGAAGGAGGCUGAACGGGCCAACAACAAGGAGAACUCUGCCGCGUCUGAAGACACGAAGGACAAGUCUACACCUUAUUCGGCAUCAGAGCAUGAUGCAGGAGAAAUAAGCGCCGCUAGUCCCAGCGUCGAUGGGCAUGCGACAGAUGGAGAGACUAGCAUUCUGGAUCGUCAUCAGGAAACCAUGCGUAAGGUAUUCCCUCACGGCAUCGACAAUCCCAGCGUACCGAGUAUGGCGCAACAAUUCUUUCCCAAACCGGAUGAUACUCGCGCUGCCCCUCAGGUCAAGAUCGAAGCUAUGGUCGAAAACGAUACCACCACAAAGGAAGCAUCUCGAGGACAUGAGGGUCCCAAACCUCUGAUCGAUGGAGAAAGGAGCAUGGUCCAUCACACCGCAGGACGUGUGGAUGUUGAGAUGAACGACGCUAAGUAG